AUGAAGUUCUCGCCCUUCUCGAAAACGAAGAGUCCACAAGAUUCACAGACGAAGUCGACGGCUGAGACCACCUCAACCCAAAGCUCCUCCUCGGAAGCGGACAAAGAGAAGCCCAAGUCAUCGUCAAACGCGCCCUCCAUCCAAAGCGCGAAGUCACAAGAUAUCGCUAGGGAUGGAGAGAAAAUAUUGGAGACUACUGCUGUGGAUGAGGUGAAGGCAGUUGAUCAGCUUGACGAUGAUAUCGAGUAUCCUGGUCCUGCCAAACUGCUGAUCAUCGUCAUCUCCCUCUGCGUCUCCAUCUUCUGCAUGGCCUUGGAUAACACCAUCAUUGCCACCGCAAUCCCGAAAAUCACGGAUUACUUCAAAGCUCUCGAUGAUGUUGGCUGCAUCAAGUGGGUCUACUUGACUGCCAUCUUUCUCUUCGAGAUUGGAUCCGUCAUCUGUGGAGCAGCUCCCACUUCGGUCGCUCUCAUCGUCGGCCGAGCUGUCGCGGGCGUUGGCUCUGCCGGGAUUUUCUCCGGCGCCCUUGUCAUCAUCGCUUAUUCGGUGCCCUUGGUUAAACGACCUAUCUACACAGGCUUGAUUGGAGGUAUGUAUGGUCUAGCAUCAGUCGCGGGGCCGCUCAUGGGUGGUGCUUUCACCGAUCAUCUCAGCUGGCGAUGGUGCUUCUACAUCAAUCUUCCCAUUGGCGCCAUCACGAUCUUCGGCAUCGCUCUCUUCUUCACCUCGCCACCACGCAGAGACGAGCGGUCAAUCGGGUGGAAAGCACGUGCAAAGCAAUUUGACCCAAUCGGAACAGCUUUAUUUCUUCCUGCCAUUGUUUGUCUGCUCUUAGCUCUUCAGUGGGGUGGAACGAAGUAUCCUUGGAGUGAUGGCCGCGUCAUCGCUUUGUUCGUGGUUUUCGGCAUUCUCGCCAUAGGCUUCGCUGGCGUCCAGUACUGGCAGCAAGAGAAUGCCACCACCCCACCUCGGGUCUUGAAGCAACGCAGCAUUCUAUCCGGGGCUUGGUACUGCGCUUGCCUUGGUGGUGCCUUCUUCAUUAUGAUCUAUUACGUGCCGAUUUGGUUCCAGGCGAUCAAGAACACCAGUGCCACUGAAUCAGGCAUCCGCAAUUUGCCCAUGAUUCUAGCCCUUGUCCUCAUAUCGAUUGGUUCGGGCAUCGGGGUCACUCUUCUUGGCUACUACACUCCUUUCAUGAUCAUCGCUUCCAUACUCAUGGCGAUUGGUGCUGGCUUGCUCUCCACAUGGACGCCCAACACGGGCGCGGCAGGAUGGAUUGGUUAUCAGAUCGUUUUUGGUUUCGGUGUAGGUUUUGGGAUGCAACAAGCUUUGAUUGCAGCACAGACUGUGCUACCACUCAAAGACAUUCCGAUCGGUACCAGCAUUAUCAACUUUUGUUUGACCCUAGGAGGGGCGUUAUUCAUCAGUGUCGGGCAAAACGUGUUCACGAACCGAUUAAUUACGAAUUUGGCAGCCAGCUCGAGCACAGUUCCGCCAGACCUUGUCCUUAACACGGGCGCGACAAAUCUGAACAAGGCAGUUCUACAGAUCGAUCCUGGGAGCUACCCGGCUGUUCGGGCGGCCUACAACGAUGCCCUCGCACAGACCUUUUAUGUAUCUGUCGCUAUGUCGGCACUCUCUAUUUUUGGUGCACUGGGUAUGGAAUGGAAAUCUGUCAAGGCAAAGAAAGUCGAGACAGCACCGGUAUGA